CUCUAUGGCAUGCGCUGUUACAGCCAGACCAGCUCUUUGAGUCAGGUCGUCGGUAUAUACAGUAUUCUGUUUUUGAAUUAAUAUGUUUCUUUAAUCGUUCGUUAUAGCAACAAAGUAAUUUCGGGAUCUACUUUUUUUUUUACAUUUGGAGAUCGGUACAAAACGUUACAUCAUACAUCCGCGUUAACUUCGAUUGAAUUGAAAAACCUCGGACGAGGCCGUUUAUGGUGGUGCGGAUAAGGAGUCGCGUUUGUUGAACUGGGGGGGCGGGCGAGGUCUCUGUGCAGACCGGGCCAUUCUGUAUGAACACCAGUGGAAGACCUGGAGCACGUAGCUAGUUAGCUACGAGUAGCUAUUUCUAGCCAGCAAGAUAAUCUCGUCGGUUUCUUUGUCUGCAUACGGCAGGAUAGAUACUCACCACGCAGCUGGACCGGAUUGGGGUCUGGUGACAAGCGUGCUAGCUGCUAGAUAUUUCGAAUCGCUUGGAUACACAAGCCUUGUUUAAAAUGUUUUGUUUUUAUUCUUGAUGAAUUCGCCGGCGUGAUUGGCGAAAUAAAUCGAUAGCAACGGUUCAGGGUUCGAUUGUAAGAACCAGAUUUCCUGAACAUCCAUCAGUUUUGUACAUCACUUAUUUUUUAACGACUAAAAUUUUAUAACACAAUAGCUCGCCAUGUCGCUCCACGGCAAGCGGAAAGAGAUCUACAAAUACGAGGCGCCAUGGACGGUUUAUGCGAUGAACUGGAGCGUUCGUCCAGACAAACGCUUCCGACUGGCUCUCGGCAGUUUCGUCGAGGAAUACAACAACAAGGUGCAGCUCGUGGGUCUGGAAGAGGAGAGCUCCGAAUUUAUUUGCAGGAACACCUUCGACCACCCUUACCCCACCACGAAGAUCAUGUGGAUCCCCGACACCAAGGGGGUGUACCCCGACUUGCUUGCCACCAGCGGGGACUACCUGCGAAUCUGGAGGGUCAGCGACACCGAGACCCGUUUAGAAUGUCUGCUGAACAACAAUAAGAACUCCGACUUCUGCGCGCCCCUCACUUCCUUUGACUGGAACGAGGUGGACCCCAAUCUGCUGGGUACCUCCAGCAUCGACACCACCUGUACCAUCUGGGGUUUAGAAACCGGUCAGGUUUUGGGCCGGGUCAACCUUGUGUCGGGCCACGUGAAGACCCAGCUCAUCGCCCAUGACAAGGAGGUGUAUGACAUCGCGUUCAGCCGGGCGGGUGGGGGCAGGGACAUGUUUGCCUCCGUGGGGGCGGACGGCUCGGUGCGCAUGUUUGACCUCAGGCACCUGGAGCACAGCACCAUCAUCUACGAGGACCCCCAGCACCACCCGCUCCUACGCCUCUGCUGGAACAAGCAGGACCCCAACUACCUGGCCACCAUGGCUAUGGACGGCAUGGAGGUGGUGAUACUGGAUGUGCGAGUUCCAUGCACGCCGGUUGCCAGAUUGAAUAACCACCGCGCCUGCGUUAACGGCAUUGCCUGGGCGCCCCACUCCUCCUGCCACAUCUGCACCGCAGCGGACGACCACCAGGCCCUGAUCUGGGACAUCCAGCAGAUGCCGCGGGCCAUCGAGGACCCCAUCCUGGCCUACACGGCCGAGGGGGAGAUCAACAACGUGCAGUGGGCCUCCACGCAGCCCGACUGGAUCGCCAUCUGCUACAACAACUGCCUGGAGAUCCUGCGGGUCUGAGCCCCGCGGCGAGGGACCCUUUUAAGGGACCGCGGACUACCAGCGCCGCCGCGGCGAGAGGGCGGCUUUGUGACUCUGUGCCCUCGUCACACGAGAUGCGUCGAUUUUACACGUGCACGGUUUUUUGUUUUUUGUUUUUUUUUUCAAUGUAGGGCUCAGUGCUUGUAGAAGAGGUUUGUUGUUGUGGUCGUUGAUGUUUCGCUUUUAGUUGACAUUGCCGGUUUAAAGCAGCAGAGGGCGCCACACGCCGCCGUCUCCGCCCCCCGAAGGAUAUCGCACCCGCGGUCCCGGACCGAGCCGCUUCAGACGUUGCCGCGGACCAAUCGGACGUCCUUCUGACGUUUGUGACAUCACCACCACAGGAAAACCUGGAAAACGCACGCUAACUCAUCGAACCGGUGUCCCAAUAGCAGUCAGUUGUAAUAUUACAUGCCACAAUUGUUAAAAAUAUUAAAUGCUGAAAUCAAGAUUGUAAAAUGGAGAUCCCAUUAUAAAACCUAUUGUCUAUAUUGUCAAUUUAUAAUGUAGACCAGAGCCACCCAACCCUGUCCCUGGAGAUCUACCAUCCUGUAGGUUCUCACUCCAACCAUAACGAAGCACAGCUUUUGCAACUGCUAAGUAUAGAAUCAGGUGUGCCAAAUUAGGAUUGAAAUGAAAACCUACUGGGCUCCAGGAACAGGGCUGGGCAGCCCUGAUGCAGACUGUACUCUGGACAGGAUAUGACAUCACGUUGAGGCAUUGAUUGGUCAGGCGGCUCUAAGGCAGCCCAGGUUCUGUUCUGAACUGCAUCAUUGAGCAUUGAUCUUCAGUGUGUUCUUAUGCACAGUGCUCAUAUUUCCAGGUGGGGUGAAGGUUAGGCUUCCUCCCCUUCAUAUUAGCGGUGUUGCUGACCGCUCCUCUGGGAAGGAUAGGAUUUGGUGUGGGUGUGGGUGGGGGGAGGGGGGGGAUGUGUUUCCUGAUUGACUGUUUUUGAUUGGCUCAAGGUGCAGCUGUAAUUGACUGGUCUGAACAGCAACUUCACCUAAAUUUCACAAACGUGCAAGUAUCUCGACAAGAGCCGUUUCUGCCUAGUCAUCAUGAAGUAAACUUAAACAAAACGUUUGUGCGUGUGUUUGUGUGUGUGUGUGUGUGUGUGAGUGUGAUUGAAAAACAGCUGAAAAGGGUAGAAGACAGAAAAAAGAUUUGACAAAAUGUGAUGAGAUGCCACAUUUUGUCAGUGUUUAUUCCUUUUUUUUUUUUUUCAGUGUGUAAGGCAUAUUCAAGACUCCAGAGCUGUUAAGAGGUACGGAGUUCCUCUGCAUUGGUUUACAGGGCAGGAUUAGACGCGUGGGCUGGGACGUGACACGUAUGUGAAAGUGGAAACCUCUGCAUUGUGUAUAUAUGAUCAUCUUAUGUGGAAGGAACCGGGCGUCCACUUCACGGGGCCCUCUGUACACACAUGUAUUAUUGUUAACACGCGUAAACUUAGAAUAGGGCAAAAGCACCCUGUGAGAACGGUAACACUGAAGGAAGAGCAGGCAUUGUUUCCUAAGGCCAGGGGGUUUUCACACUGUCCCGAGGGACCCCUGUGUAUGUGAAGCUCACGAUUAUUAAAGUUAUUAAAAAUGGGUGUU